AAAUAUAACCAGCCAGCCAGAGCUGCAGGGGUACUGUGGAUGCCAGCACCUCCACCUCCUUUAAACUGUCCACCUGGAUUGGAAUAUUUAACUCAGGUGGAUCUGAUACUGAUUCAUCAGAAACUUGAACUUCUGGAAGUUCUGUUCAAUUUUGAAACCAAUAACAUAUAUGAAAUCAAGAAUAGGUUUGGACAGAGGAUUUACUUUGCAGCAGAAGAUACUGAUUGCUGUACCCGAUAUUGCUGUGGGAAUUGUCGGCCUUUUACUUUGAGGAUUCUUGAUAAUGGGAAUCAAGAAGUCAUGACUCUGAAAAGACCACUAAGAUGUGACAGCUGUUGUUUCCCCUGCUGCCUUCAGGAGGUAGAAAUCCAGGCUCCUCCUGGUGUACCAGUAGGCUAUGUUACUCAGACUUGGCACCCAUAUCUGCCAAAGUUUACAAUUCAAAAUGGGAAAAGAGAGGAUAUACUAAAAAUUACUGGUCCAUGUUGUGUGUGCACCUGUGCUACAGAUACUAAUUUUGAGGUUAAAUCUCUUGACGAACAAGUUGUGGUUGGCAGGAUUUCCAAACACUGGUCUGGGAUUUUGAGAGAGGUAUUUACAGACGCUGAUUACUUUGGGAUCCAGUUCCCUUUAGACCUUGAUGUUAAAAUGAAAGCUGUGAUGAUUGGUGCCUGUUUCCUCAUUGACUAUAUGUUUUUUGAAAGCACUGGACGCUAUAACCAGAGAAUAGGAGUGUGGUAGCGGAUUAAUGUAAGUCUACUCAGAAAAGUUGAUGUCUGUAUAUUGACUGAGAUUAUCUAAA